UGAUUUGCCUUUCAAAAUCAGUGGCAAAAAUUAUGAAUUUAAUUUUUUUCAUGGAUGACUUGUUUGCAAACAAAUGACCCACGGCAAAAAACACAAAAAAACGUAUUAUUAUUUAAUAAAAUAUGAAAUGAUUCUGCCAAUGCUCCAAUUUAUUUGAAAUAAUUUUUACACGCACAGUAUUUUUGAGGGAAAACUGAAGCAUUUGCAUAUACAGUAGUGCUAUAGUAACUGCCCUCCCCGCCCUCUGCGCUACGUUUGUCCCUCGCAACGAUCCGUAGUCAGUCUUGAGGAAGAAGCUUCAGCCAGUCGGGUCUUGCCGCCUGCCGAUGUACUCCUGCCUCACUAAAAAAUGGAGAGCGACACCGCUGUGCGGAGAAUCAAACCACCCGGGACUCGUUACGCUGCUCACGAUAACAGCGAAAUUCGGGAGUGCUGCGAGGACAACGGCUACAAGGGUGACCCGAAGAGGAAGCCCGAAGUGAGCUUGUACCUGCUGCGGGAGGGACUGACAGCUUGCCUGGUCUCUGUGUUUAUUUUGGUGCUGUGGGGACUCGUUCAUUUGUCAUUGCAGCAGCUUGUCAUUGGAAAACCGACUGGAGAAUUCAACGCGGCGAGAGCCAGACAACAUUUGGAGCAGAUCACCAGCGUUGGCCCUCGACCCGUGGGCAGCCAGGAGAACGAGGUCCUGACAGUGGCUUACUUGUUGGAGCAGAUAGAGAGCAUCAGAGCCAAGACCGCCGCCGGCCCUCACCAGCUCACGGUGGACGUGCAGCAUCCCACCGGCUCUUUCUCCAUCGACUUCCUCGGCGGGUUCACAAGCUUCUACGACCACGUCACCAACAUUGCUGUUAGGUUGGAGCCCAAGGGCGGCAGUCAGCAUCUCAUGCUUGCCAACUGCCACUUUGACACCGUGGCUAAUAGUCCAGGUGCCAGUGACGAUGCAGUAAGCUGUGCUGUUAUGCUGGAGGUCCUUCAUUCUCUGGCCAACCACUCCACUCCGUUUCACCACGGUGUAAUCUUCCUGUUUAAUGGAGCUGAGGAAAAUAUACUCCAGGCCAGUCACGGCUUCAUUACCCAGCAUCCUUGGGCCAAGAAUGUCCGAGCCUUCAUUAACUUGGAAGCUGCAGGCGUCGGGGGCAAAGAAGUCGUUUUUCAGACAGGUCCAGAGAACCCGUGGUUGGUCCAAGCCUACGUCCAUGCAGCCAAACACCCCUUUGCCUCCGUGGUUGGUCAGGAGGUCUUUCAGAGCGGCGUCAUUCCCUCUGACACCGACUUCAGAAUAUAUAGAGACUUUGGUAACAUACCAGGCAUCGAUCUGGCUUUCAUUGAAAACGGUUUCAUCUACCACACCAAAUACGACACAGCGGACAGGAUCCUGUCAGGCUCCAUACAGCGAGCUGGUGACAACAUCCUGGCUGUCCUGAAGCACCUGCUGAUGUCGGAGAAGUUAGCCGACAGCUCAGAGUAUCGUCAUGGCAACAUGGUGUUUUUUGACGUGCUGGGGGUGGUUGUGGUGGCUUAUCCCGCGCGUGUCGGCACCAUCUUGAACUACAUGGUGGCCACAGCCGCCUUCCUCUAUCUGGCCAAGAAGGCGUCCCUACCUGGAAAUGGAGGUGGCCGUUAUGUUCGUGACCUGACCUAUGCCACAGGCGUGGCGGUGCUGAGCUGGUUCGUCACGCUGGUGUCCGUGCUGAUCGUGGCUCUGAUCGUCACCCUGUUGGGCCGCUCCAUGUUUUGGUACACACACUUCUAUGCUUCCAUCUGCCUGUAUGGAGCCGCAGCAACAGGAAAGAUGAUCCUCAUCCACACGCUGGCCAAGAACCUGUAUUACGGGGGUGUGCGCCUCGUGGAGCUGGGGGAUCUGUACUUUGACGUGAGCCUGCUGCUGUGGGGCUGCAGCCUGGUGUGGCUCACGCAGCAGGGCUUGUGUUCAGCCUACGUGCCCAUGCUGAUGGUGGCCUUCCCGCUGACCACCAAACUGCUGCUGGCUAAAGAAUUCAAACACAGAGGAGCGUCACUGAUGUACAGUUUGUUGUACCUCUUGGGCCUGGCGUUACCGUACGUCCACUUCAUGUUCCUCAUCUGGGUGGUGUUUGAGAUUUUCACCCCCAUCAUGGGCCGCAGUGGGACAGAGAUACCCCCCGAAGUGGUCAUGGCCUGCCUAGUAACCCUGGCAACCAUCUUCCUCUCUUCCUUUUUCCUACACUUUAUCUACUUGGUAAGAAGCACAAAGUGGAUCCUGGCUGGUCUGGGUUCAGUCUUCAUCAUCAUGCUCGUGCUGGUGUCCACUGGCGUCUUCUUUCCGUAUUCAGGAAGUCCUGAUGCCCCUCGACCAAAACGAGUCUUCCUGCAGCACACGACUCGAACCUUCCACAAUCUCCAGGGGCAGGUGGAGAGCCGGGACUCUGGUCUUUGGAUUAACAGCUUUGACUUCACGGGCAUGCAGCACGUCACCCCCCACGUCCCCGAGAUUAACGACAACUUUCGGACCCGCUGCCAGGAGGACCGACCCUUCUGCGGUUUCCCCUGGUUCCUUCCUGUGAAGUUCCUCAGCAGGAAAAACUGGUACCUCCCAGCCCCAGAAGUGUCUCCAGCUUCUCCAGUGGAGUUCAGCCUGUUGUCCAGGGAGGACACAGCCUGGGGGACGGUGAAGAUGACGUUCACCGUUAAAGGACCCAGCCACAUGUCUCUGUACUUGAUGCCUCACAGAGGAGCCAUGCUUUCCGCCUGGUCUUUCGGGGACGGGACCCCCCAGUUCGAUCUGAACGGAGAAUAUUUUAUCUUCUAUUCCCACGGCCUCAACGCCCCCACGUGGACCUUCUGGUUUGAAAUACAGCCCCCCAGAGAACCUGACCCCGAUGGGCCGAAAGGUAUGAUCUCCGUGGCCAUUUCUUCCCACUAUUUCUUCGGAGAGGACAAGAGGACGGCUCAGCUGGAAAAAAUCCUGCGCAGAUUCCCCACGUGGGCGUUCCCCUCCUCCUGGGUCAGUACGUACGACAUGUACAGAUACUGAGGACCCGCCGACGCCGGGGAGAACCAAGGGCUACCGCGGCCCUGAGACAUUUUCAGAAGACGACACUGAAGUGGGCCGCGCUGCCACACUGUUAACACGCAUCCACUCUCUGUCCCAGCUUUGCCUGAGAGACCUUCAUCACUGUGUCAGUUAGCAGCUAACAGGAAGGCGCUGAGACGUGCGAGAGGCGAGCUGAGCAGUCCACCUGCACGCCACAUGCCUCCUUUAUUUUCUACUGAAAUCAGUCGUGCCUUCUCCCUCCUCACUUCCUCCCACACCCUCCUGUCUCUUCCUCUCUCGUGCAGCGCUCCUUCUGUUGUCUGCACUGCAGAUGUAGAUGCAUCCGGGUGGGCACACAGCAUGUUUGUGAUGGCCUUUCGCCACUUUAAAAAAGUCACUUUUCUCGUAUUUCUGAAAAACCUUUCUGUCUCAGUCCAAAAAGCUCAUCACUCCUUAUGAAGCUUGCCGAGGAUGUGGCUGAAAACGGUUAAUGAAAACUGUAAAAAUGCUUUUUUUCUGGCACUUUACAGCGAUUUGGCUUUCAUGUGCAAAGAAAAACAGAUAUUUUUUAAUCAAAAAAGCCAAAUUCAACUAAAAAAAAGCAAAAACAAAGACAUCCCUGCAAUCCGAAGGUAUUUCCUGAGUCUCAGCGGGUGUCUGGGAGGAGAACAAAACUAUUUCCCUUCGAGGUGACUCUUUUUGGAAUUAUUCUUGAAAAAUGGGGUCUCUAGCAACACCAGUUACUCUCAUUUGGUUCCCAAAAAUUAUUUAGAAGCAAAAAACUGUAAACAAAUAUAUAUACCUAUAUAUAAAUACAAACUAUUUUCCAUUUGAGACAGUUAAUUUUAAUGUUUUUGUUUUAUUUUUGACAAAAUCUGAUUUUUAAAAAUAAAAAAUAGUACAUUUUACAGCUAAAUUAUGCCAUUUUCUGUCAAAAUUUCAUUUUUUCCACAUUGUAAAGAAGCUAUUGGGCAAAUAUUUGGAAAAAAAAUAUAGCCAAUUAUUAUAAAGAUUAGUAGAUGAUUCUACAGCAUAAGAGUCAUAGUUUUAAUAAAUCUUCAUUUGAAACUAAAGAUAAUUUCUUUUUUAUUGCUGAAAUAUAAUUUGUUUUAAUUUGAAACAUGUUUUUAAUGUAACCAUACAUUUUUUUUAGGGAAUUUUAUUCAGAAAUGUUAAGACAUAACAUGAUUUGUACACCAUAUGGAUUUUUAUUUUUAUUUACAAGUCCCAAUCUUUAUUUUCUGUAAAUUCAAGAUUUUCUCCUAUUUUUUAUUUUUAUUUUUUUAAUCAUAAAAAGUAAGAGCAGGUUUCUACCCAUUAUGUUGUGUAUUUGAUAAGAAACUUAAACUUCUGGUUAAAUUUUUGAUUUUUUUGUUAAACUUCAAACUAGAGUUGCAGAUAAAGUGUGAGCGCAUCUUUUUCCUUUAAAACAUACAUUUAUUAACAUAAAACUUCAUCAUUUUUAUUUUUUUUUAGCUGUAAACGUUGAAAUAGUAUUUCUUGAGCCUUAUUUGAAGAUGCAAACAGUAAAAUAAUUAAUUUUUAUUUAAAAAUUGUUGAUUAAAAAGGAAAAUUACUGGUGUUGCUGGAGAAAUCCUAAAACCCUUUUGGCGUGGGUCAGCACUGAAACUACCUCAACAGUGUCCAGCAUCAAAACUGCAGUUCUUAAAGCCCUUUUACUGAAGGUUUGGCUGCAAUUUUCUUUUUAUCAUUAACUCUAUUAAUGUAUCUCAUACUUUUUUUUGAAUUAAUAUUACUAAUCUUAACUGAAUGUCCACACGGCUGUCAUAGAUUAGUUACUAAUCUGUGCCCUCUGAAAGUUUAUCAUCUUUUUCAGUAAUAAAAUGUGAAAUCUGAAUGUUGAAACCUGGAAACUCUCCUUAACCUAAGGUUGACCUGACACUGACGUGUAAAAAGAGGCCUUCAAGUUUCACUUCCAAAGAGACAAAAAGUUUCCUAUUUUUGAGACAUAUUGUGCAGAUUUUUUUUCUUUCUUUUUUUUUCACUAAUAUUUCAAUCGGGAAGGAAAGAAAAAUCAGUAUUAAUAGUGUAGCUGUCAGGUUUGACAUUUUUAUGAAGCGAUAAUUAUAUUAUUAGAGCUAAUUUUAAAAAGUGUCUGAAUAUGCAAACAAAUGGAUUCACAAUUUUUCAAUGUUGGGAGAGUGAAGUAAUCGUCUUAUAAAAGAUGUAAAUGUACAUGUAGAGGGUUAAGGAGCAGGAAUGUUUUUGAUCAAAUAUCUAUUUAAAGGCAGAUAUUUUGAUGGUCCUCAAAUUUCAUCUUGAAUGGCACAGACAGAAGAGCUGCUGUAAUUGGUUGUUGGGAAGACGUUUGACAUAAAUGCUGUGAAAAAAAUCACUUUUUUUAAAUUAAAGCUUAUAUGAAGCUUUAUUUAAAAAUAAAAGCUCCUUUUUUAGGAGGAAGUGAAUUUAAGUGACUAUUCUGCAGCAGUGACUUAACCAGAAGUGUGUUUAAGUGUUCGUAACAAGCUGGAACAAUCUGUUUUUAUGUUUAUCUUAACUUUUUUUUUCCAACUUGUCACCUCAACGUUUGUUUAUGCGUUUCUCUGAAUGUUCAGUUUUUGAUCUGACAGGUAAACUAACAAAAACCUGUGUUGUUUUUCCACUUCUGUCACUUUUAGUUGGUGAUUUGCAUUAAGAUUAAUUGAGUUGUGUUGUAUGAAUGGGAUCCUUUUCAUGAUACACUUGAACAGGAAUAAAAGGUUUAAUCUUGAAA